UUUGAUAUCCUACUGAAGCUGCUUAUAAUGAGGACAUACUAUUGCCUAUCACUAUUCAUCUGGACCUAUAUGUUUCAUACAGUUGAUGCUAUUCCAUUAGAAGAAAAAGCUAGUAGGGAUUUGCCAAGCAAAAGGGUUGUGGAUCUGACAAAAGAUGAUAGUAAAAUGUUACAUCGUACCAAGCGUGGCUGGAUGUGGAAUCAGUUCUUCUUGUUGGAAGAGUACACAGGUACAGACACACAGUAUGUUGGCAAGCUUCACACUGACCAAGAUAAAGGAGAUGGAAAUUUAAAAUACAUAUUAACAGGAGAUGGGGCUGGCAGUCUGUUCGUUAUAGAUGAAAAUACAGGAGAUAUUCAUGCUGCAAAGAAAUUAGACAGAGAAGAAAAAUCCCUAUACAUUCUUCGUGCCAAGGCUAUAGACAGAAAGACUGGGCGGCAGGUGGAGCCGGAAUCUGAAUUUAUUAUUAAAAUCCAUGAUAUCAAUGACAAUGAACCAAAAUUCACAAAAGACUUAUACACUGCCAGUGUUCCUGAAAUGUCUGGAGUCGGUACGUCUGUCAUACAAGUGACCGCAACAGAUGCAGAUGAUGCCAACUAUGGAAACAGUGCAAAAGUGGUCUACAGCAUACUGCAAGGACAGCCAUAUUUUUCCGUGGACCCAGAAUCAGGCAUAAUAAAAACUGCACUACCAGACAUGAGCAGAGAAAAUAGAGAACAGUACCAAGUGGUUAUACAAGCCAAAGACAUGGGCGGCCAGAUGGGAGGCCUUUCUGGAACCACCACCGUAAACAUCACUCUGACAGAUGUCAACAACAAUCCUCCACGAUUUCCCCAGAGUACGUAUCAAUUUAAUUCUCCCGAGUCCGUACCUCUUGGAACCCAUGUUGGAAGGAUAAAAGCCGAUGACCCUGAUGUGGGGGAGAAUGCUGAAAUGGAAUACAGCAUUGCUGAAGGAGAUGGAACAGACAUGUUUGAUGUCAUCACUGACAAGGACACACAGGAAGGGAUUAUAACUGUCAAACAGAAUUUAGAUUUUGAAAGCAAAAUGUUGUACACUUUAAAAGUGGAUGCAAGUAACACUCACCCUGAUCCACGAUUUCUACACCUGGGACCUUUCAAAGACACAGCUGUGGUCAAAAUAUCUGUAGAAGAUAUAGAUGAGCCUCCUGUGUUUAGCAAACUUUAUUACUUGAUAGAAGUAGAUGAAGAUGUAAAGGAGGGCAGCAUCAUUGGACAGGUUACAGCAUAUGAUCCAGAUGCUAUGAACAAUUUAAUAAAAUACUCCAUUGAUCGGCAUACUGAUAUGGACCGGAUUUUUAGUAUUCACUCCGAAAAUGGCUCUAUUUUCACUUUGAAACCCCUGGACCGGGAAUCAUCUCCUUGGCACAACAUCACCAUUACAGCCACAGAAAUAAGUGAGUGGGAAAUACAUAUAUCUGAACACCAAAGUGAUAACUCAAAACAAAGUAGCCACAUCCCUGUCUUCAUCAGAAUUCUAGAUAUAAACGACCAUGCUCCGGAAUUUGCCAUGUACUAUGAAACAUUUGUUUGUGAAAAUGCAAAGCCUGGGCAGCUGAUUCAGACUGUCAGUGUCAUGGACAGAGAUGAUCCUCCCCGAGGCCACAAAUUUUUCUUUGAACCAGUGCCAGAAUUUCCUCUCAAUCCGAACUUCACCAUUGUAGAUAAUAAAGAUAAUACAGCAGGAAUCAUGACUCGAAAAGACGGGUAUAGCCGCAACAAAAUGAGCACCUAUCUACUACCGAUUUUAAUAUUUGACAACGAUUAUCCAAUUCAAAGCAGCACCGGCACACUCACUAUCCGUGUGUGCGCUUGUGAUAAUCAAGGAAACAUGCAGUCCUGCAAUGCAGAGGCCUUGGUCCUCUCGGCCGGUCUCAGCACAGGGGCUCUGAUCGCCAUCCUUCUCUGCAUCAUCAUACUCCUUGUUUUAGUUGUGCUGUUUGCUGCACUGAAGAGGCAGAGAAAAAAGGAACCUCUGAUAAUUUCAAAAGACGAUGUCCGUGACAACAUUGUGACCUAUAAUGAUGAAGGUGGUGGGGAAGAAGAUACCCAAGCUUUUGACAUUGGCACCUUAAGGAAUCCAGAAGCAAGAGAAGACAGUAAACUUAGAAGAGAUGUAAUGCCUGAAACUAUUUUUCAGAUAAGGAGGACUGUGCCUCUGUGGGAAAAUAUUGAUGUACAAGAUUUUAUCCAUCGAAGAUUGAAAGAAAAUGACUCAGACCCAAGUGCACCACCUUAUGAUUCACUGGCAACAUACGCCUACGAAGGCAAUGAUUCCAUAGCCGAUUCACUCAGUUCUUUGGAGUCUCUCACAGCCGAUUGUAACCAAGAUUAUGAUUACCUCAGCGACUGGGGACCUCGUUUUAAAAAGCUUGCUGAUAUGUAUGGGGGUGAUGACAGUGACCGAGAUUAA